GACAGUGUGUAUGUGUGUCCAAUCUCAAACAGGUUUUCCCACAAUAGGAACUCUCCACCCCAUCCUGGUUGGACUUUAAAAGCCCAGCCUUUCCACAGAGAGACACCCGUUUCGCUCAGUUCUGCCCACCUGUUCUCAUCUGAAACAUCUUCCAUUGCAGCUCCCCACGGUUCCUCUUGUUCAACUAUGAGUCUGAGAAGCAAGCGCAUCAGUUCCAGCAGCUCUGUGAGGAGCAGCGGAAAGAUGGGAGGCUAUGGUUACAGCAGUUUAAGUGGGAUCUCCCUGGGAGCAUCUGCCCCGAGCUUCAGCACCAGUUCGGCUUAUUUGGGGCCUCCCAUCUCCAGCAUCUCCGUCAACAAGAGCCUGCUGGCGCCCCUCAACUUGGAGAUCGACCCCAACAUCCAAAUGGUGCGCACUCAUGAGAAGGAGCAGAUCAAGUCGCUGAACAACCGCUUCGCCAGCUUCAUCGAUAAGGUACGCUUCCUGGAGCAGCAGAAUAAAAUGCUGGAGACCAAGUGGGAGCUUCUGGAGGGCCAGACCCCGGGCCGCUCCAACGUCGAGCCCAUGUUUGACGCUUACAUGGCCAACCUGCGCAGACAGAUGGAUGUGGUCAACAACGACAGGACCAAGCUGGAUGGAGAGCUGAGGAACAUGCAGGGACUGGUGGAGGACUUCAAACACAAAUACGAAGAUGAGAUCAACAAAAGGAACAAUCUGGAGAACGACUUUGUGAUUCUGAAAAAGGACGUAGACUCGGCUUAUCUGGUGAAAGCUGAUUUGGAGGACAAAGUUGGUGCCCUGACUGAUGAGAUCAACUUCCUGAGAACCAUCUACGAUGAGGAAUUGCGUGAGCUGCAGGCGAGCAUUAAAGACACGUCCGUCAUCGUGCAGAUGGACAAUUCACGAAACCUGAACAUGGAUCAUAUUGUGGCCGAAGUCAAGGCUCAAUAUGAGGAGAUCGCAGUCAAGAGCCGCGAAGAGGCUGAAUCCUGGUACAAGUCCAAGUUUGAUCAGAUGUCCUCUCAGGCCAGUCAGUACAACGAUGAACUGCGAAACACUAAAGGAGAGAUCGCAGAUGUCAAUCGCAUGAUCAGCCGUCUGCAGAGCGAGAUCGAGGUUAUUAAAUCACAGCGAGCUAACCUGGAGAACCAGAUAGCGGAGGCUGAGGAUCGUGGCGAGAUGACUGUGAAGGAGGCCAAAGGUCGUAUUAAGGACUUGGAGGAGGCGCUUCAGAGAGCCAAGCAGGACAUGGCCCGCCAACUCCGUGAGUACCAGGAGCUCAUGAACGUCAAGUUGGCACUGGACAUCGAGAUCGCCACCUACAGGAAGCUGCUGGAAGGCGAGGAGGACAGAAUUGGACAGCAGCCAAUUGUGAACAUCCAGGCUUUUUCUAACUACAGUUCCAAAGGGAUGAAUGGUUUUCAGCAGAACAGCUCUCCAUCACCCAAAAUCCUGAUCAAGACUACUGAAACCAGAAACAACACCAGAUUCAGCACUCACUAAAGUGUCAACCAAUAUAUAUU